CUGGUGCCGUGCUCUAUAUCUAGCAUGCACAGUUCGUUCGUUCACAUUUUCUACGUCUGAAGUGUCAACACAACUCUUGGAUGGGAUUCUAUAAAAUCUUCUAUAGACAUACGAGAAUCGUGUAAACAAGAGGAACGAAUAGUAUUGAUGUCAGUGAGAAUGCAAUCGGUCAAGGGCAAUUCAUUGAUCAAGACUGCAACGAUUUUUAUCUUCAGUCAUAUACUUGUUCGAGGAAGUGAAUAAAGUGUUUAUAAUCAAGCGAAGAAAAAUCAAAGUGAAGCGCUUGAUUGCCGAUAAUGAACCAGGAGUUUUUUUGUUGGCAUUUUCAAUAUCAGUUAGUUUGCUUGAAUAUUCGGUGACCUAUCGUCUACUACAGCACAUACGAAACAGAAGAAGAUGGAGUCGGAAACAACUACAGAAAUAAUCACCGAACACAUAGUAUCAUUUGAUGAUAGCAUCAAUAGCACAAACAUAUCAGAGGAAUCAUCAUAUUAUCUAAAUACACCUUUUAAUCUGGUUAAUGUUUCGCGGGACUUGCCAUUCCGUUACGCUAUGCCUUUGUUUGGUUACAUCAUGCCGUUUUUGCUUCUAGUGACGAUCGUUGCCAACACCUUAAUAGUCGUGGUGUUAUCGCAGAGGCACAUGAGGACACCGACUAAUUUAGUACUCUUGGCCAUGGCAAUUUCCGAUAUGUUAACACUGUUAUUUCCUGCACCUUGGUAUUUUUACAUGUAUACACUAGGAAAUCACGCAAAGGUUCUAUAUCCACCAUCUGCCUGUUACGCUUAUCAUUGCAUGAUUGAAAUUUUACCCAGUUUCUUUCAUACGGCUUCUAUAUGGUUAACGUUAUUGUUGGCUGUACAAAGAUAUAUUUACGUAUGUCAUCCGACUACGGCUCGUACUUGGUGCCAAGUGCCCAAAGUUCUAAGAGCCAUGGUUUGGGUGUUUAUAUUUUCUCUGUUUCAUCAAUCAACUCGCUUCUUCGAUAGAGAAUACUGUUCCAUAAAAUUCCCCGUAAAUGGUGAAUUUCAUUGGCGGUGCGGCUUUCAAACGGCGCGAUGGGUGAGAGAAUUUGUUACAGAAAAUGCAUAUUUUACGUUUUAUUACGGUUUUCGCAUAGUGUUUGUACACAUUGGUCCCUGUACAGCUUUGGUCGUCCUCAACGUGCUUCUAUUGAAGGCCCUUAAAGAAGCGCAGAGAAAACGUGAAAGAUUGUUCAACGAGAAUCGUAAAAGCGAAUGUAAGAAAUUAAGAGAUAGUAAUUGUACUACUUUAAUGUUAAUUGUCGUAGUGACUGUGUUUUUGGCAGUCGAGAUACCGUUAGCAGUCACUACGCUGUUGCAUGUCAUGCAGAAUGCCCUCGAUUUAAACAUUGCGGAUUACAAUGAUUUGAACGCAACCAUUUUGUUUACAAAUUUUUUCAUCAUGUUCAGUUAUCCAGUUAAUUUUGCUAUUUAUUGUGGAAUGUGUAGACAGUUUCGAGAAACUUUCAAAAAUCUCUUCAUGCUCGGCAAACUAACGACUAGAAGGGAAGGAUCUUCUCGUUAUUCGCUCGUCAACGGACCUCGUACAUCCACAAACGAAACAAUCCUCUAAAAAAACAAUAUGAUGCUCAGCGUGAAUUUAUUAUACAUCAUGGUUGUAUCCAAAAUUAAAGUAUAUAAAUUCGUAUUUUAAAAACAAAAACAUGCAUAUGUUGAUACCGUAAGUAUGAACAGCAACAAACAGCGAUGCUAUCUAUACUAAAUCAGGGGCUCUUUUACUAUAGAUACAUCAGCUGCACACGAUUGUUCAUCAAUAUAUCUAUAUGUAUGUUCUAUUUAGUGUAUCCGUACGCGUGGCCAAAGUAAGGCAAUAUAUUAUAUGUAUGUAUUUGGUAUGA